AUGGCGACGUCCCACAGCGCAACUGUCGAAGACGGAUCCGAGAGAGACGGCACCUCCGAAGAGACCGAGAAGCCUCUUCUCGCGUACAAGCCAGAAGAGGAGAUGUUGUUGUGGAAGAACCAGAGCCCCGUAGUCCUCUGGCAAUUGCAGCUCUUCCUCGACGCUCUCGUCGCAGCUCAUGACGAGGUCGGAGACUGUAUGAUCGACCUCGACAUUGAUGCCUACCUUACCAAGAGAUGGCGUCGCCGCAAGCGCGUCAAGUACACGAGAGGACUAGCAGUUUACAAGGCCCAGCGAAAGGCAGUACUCAAGAUUGAGAUGGAAGUCAUCCGGGCCGGUAAUAUGGGAGAGACACUCCAGGCCGCUUUCGACCGUGUUCAAAUUGCCCUCAUCGAGAAUAUGACGCGCGUCAAUUUGUUGUUGAGCAUGCUCUGA